GUGAAAAGCAAAUGGAAAAUAUUGUAGUCGAAUAAUAAACUUAAAUAAUGUAACUAAUGUGUACACCAGAUCUGAAAAAGUUGAGAAGAAAAAUCUAAUUCACUUAAAUCUGUUUUUAUGGACGAAAAAUACAACUUGUCUAUCUUUUGGGAAGCCAUGUAUUCUCCUUAGAUUAUACGGUAGUCUGUACGAAAUUUUGGCUUAAUAAAUCUUCAUAACCCUUGGUCUACCGACGAAAUUAUCGUCACCGCCAUGAAAACCUCAAAUCUUACAAAAUGUUCGUUUAUAUUCCACGGUUACUACCAACACCGGUUACUACGAUCAAACGGCAGUGGCAGAUGAAAAUGAUCUGUUGGUUGUGAUUUUGAUAUGGUUGGGUAGAAGUGUGUUACAAAAAUACAUUUGGAAAGUGCUAGUAUGUCGUGUCAAAUUAAAACAAUUGCCAGUUUAAUUAACGUAGACAGUGUUAAAAAGUGGUUGUUUCCUUCGGUCUCCCGAUCCUUCGGAAUGUCCAGUCGAAGACUCACAAAAAUUUAACGGCAAAGAACACACUUGGUUACAAGAAUGUUGCCUGUCACUUUCUUCAACAGGGGAGUUGCUUGUUAUUGCCCACAGGAAUCGUAUGAUAAUUUUGACAUGUGAGUCUCCUAUACCAUCACACUGUUUCUGAUCGUUUUGAGAAAUUAAUGUAGGUGGUUUCAGGAACGUUUUAAUUCGUAACAUACAAGUAUUUGAAGAUUAAUUUAUCGAAAGUUGUGUGACUUGAAAAGGAAUUGGCAUUGUGAACAGAGUAACAAAGUGACAUGUGUAACAUUGUAAAUGACAUAGGAAUUGCCUCUGAUCAAAUUGUGUUGUGGUUUGCUAUUCUUUACAUAGCAAAAUGGGAUUCAAAAGAAGAAGGAGAGGUCAAGACUAAGUAUCAUGUAACAUGGCGUGGAAAAUAUCCUGAAAAUAAAAAUACAAAAAUACUUCUUCCUCUUAGCAAGCAGAUAACCUCAGUCCUAUGUCUCCCAUUAAUCUCCCAAGGAAAGAGCAUCCACUGUGGACCAGACUGGACAUGUGCCAUUGUUGGCAUAUCAUCAGGAUUUGUUAAGUUUUACACAGAGAAUUGCAAUCUGCUUCUGUCAGAGCAGCUCCACAAUGAACCAGUUACCCAUCUGAAGUGCCAGUCUUUCGAACCAGCGAGAUAUUCAACAGAACAAGAGCACAGUGAGGACCUGUAUGUCGUGUACUGCAGUGCUGUAUGUGUUCUGAUGGGCUCUGGACUUUUUGAGAUGUUGCGUGCCUGUCGCAACCAAAAGGCACUAGUGCAAGCAAAUUGUGGAGACAUGAUAAGACCACCUCCUCUCAGGUACAAGAAAUGGGGGUUUACUGAACAGGAUAGGGUGGCUGACUUGGAGGUUGUUGGUCCAGCUACAGACAGCACGUUUGAUCAUUUAGUAACAGCGUCUUUGUGUGGAUGCUUCAAUGAAAGUUACUGCUCCACUGCCCCACAGACUUCUCUCAUAUUAGCUGUUGGUGAGACACCUUAUGUUGGAUUUCACUAUGCCUUGGAAGGAGAACCGGCACUUGUGUCUGCAGGCGUUACCAAAGCAGUGGUCAGUAAAACGAAGUCUGCAAUUGGUCAAGUCUCGAGCUGGAUAAUGGGAGGCAUAAAAAGCAGUUCUGUUGAGAAAGUGAAAAAAAAUGUCCCGUUUGAACCUGCAGUUCCAGUAGGAUGUAGAUUUGGGUUGUGUGAUCUAUUGAGGCAUGGAGAUAGGGUGGUGAUAUCUCCAAACAGGAAAUUGUCCAUAGUGUCGGACAGCCUGGGACGAAUCAUUCUGAUAGAUAAUCUAAAAGGAGUGGCAAUUCGUAUGUGGAAGGGGUAUCGUGAUGCUCAGUGUGGGUGGCUUGAAGUUCAAGAAGAAACAAGGCAAUGUGGCAUCAGCUCUAGGAAUACUCAUCAGCCACGAAUGGCAUUGUUUCUCGUCAUCUACGUACCUAAGCAAGGCAUCAUAGAGAUAUGGGCGAUGCAGCAGGGACCCAGAGUUGCCAAGUUUACAGCAAGCAAAAGUGGAAGGCUGCUACAUAUGGGUUAUGGCCUUGUGGGUCUAAACAACAUUCCAUUGAAAGGUGGCAACAGAUGCCAGUUUUCUUGUGUUUUUAUUGAUCCAAGUGGUUUAGUGAAGGAGAUCUCUGUACCCUUCCACUUUGCACUGAGUGAUAAAAAUAGUAACAGAGCUGGAGACCUGCACUUGCUGAAGAAACUGAAGGUUCUCCUGAAGGAAGAAGAUUCUGAUGAUAAGUUGAUUGAGGAGGUACGAAAGACAGUACAGGAACUAAAAACCAAUGACGUACGAACUCAGACUCUUGAGAUAUUGUCAACCAGUAAAUAUAUUACUCCCGAUGCUCUGGAUGCUGCAUUAAGUGUUGUUGUUGAAAAAUUGAUUGGACAAGUUUGUUCACCAAGAGCAUCAGGUACCCCCAACGUACAACACAGUUGUAGCUGAUGUUCUCAACUCACCACAGACCCUGUCUGUGCUCUUGCAUGCAUCAGAAAGGGAAGUGAAUGGCGUGAGGAAACUGAUUGCUGCUGUAGAGA